CUAUUAUUUUUGUAGGCAUCAAUCACAUCGUAAUUUAGCUCUGUUUUUCUUUCAUAUACCGAUCCAAACCCUUAAUUCAGGAUGAAUGUGAGUUUUUCAUUGAAUUAUCUUCAAAAACCCUUUUUUAUUAUCUUUAAUGUAACACACUUUUCAUUCAAUCAAACAUUUACUUUACCCCCUUUUUUCCAUUUGUUUCUUGUGCGGUUCAUGGCUUUAAAACUUCCUCAAAAUAGCUUACUCGGUUCUCAAUCUGACUCCCAGAGGACUCUGUACCCAUAUGUGACUGGAACAUCAGUUGUGGCUUUAAAGUACAAAGAUCGGAUUUUAAUGGCUGCUGAUAUGGGAGGGAAGAUAGAUGGUCCGGUUCAUAUGCGGUACAAGAGUGUGGAACGAAUGAAGCCUAUUGGCAAGCACUCUCUUCUAGGUGCAAGUGGGGAAAUCAGUGAUUUCCAAGAGAUUUUGCGUUAUCUCAAUGAGCUUAUCUUGUAUGACAAUAUGUGGGACGAUGGCAACUCGUUGGGGCCUAAAGAGGUGCACAAUUACUUGACUCGAGUUAUGUAUAACAGGCGUAACAAGUUCAAUCCACUAUGGAACUCCCUUGUACUUGGUGGAGUUAAAAACGGAAACAAGUAUCUUGGAACGGUCAGUAUGAUUGGUGUAAACUUCAAGGACAAUCAUGUUGCUACCGGAUUUGGUAAUCACCUUGCACAGCCAAUCCUCCGUCAAGAGUGGCACGAGAACUUGAGCUUUGAAGAUGGUGUUAAAUUACUGGAGAAAUGCAUGCGUGUUCUCCUUUAUUGUGAUAGAUCAGCCGUUAACAAACUUCAGAUAGCUAAGAUCACAGAAGAAGGUGUGACAAUUCACCAGCCCUAUUCAUUGAAGACUUACUGGGAAUUCUCUACAUUCGAGAAUCCAGCUCAGGGUGCCAUAGGAUCAUGGUAACUGUAAGAAACAUCUUGGUCCUUUAUUCAAAACUUGUAUAGCAUAUUAAAAAGACAUGAAACAACCAAAUUAGGAGGCUAAAAUAGAAAAAGUUAAUGCAUCAUUAUGUUGAUUGAGACUUUUUAGCUUGUGAGCUUUGAUGCAAUUAUAUGGUGCUCUACAACAAUUGUGAAAGUAGAUGAUCUUUCCUUUAUUUCA